AUCUAAAGAGAGAGAAAGUGAAAUCAAUGAGGAAAAAGAGCGAGAACCAAGUGACGAUUUGCUAUCAAGAUUCAUGGGGUCUACCUCAAAUUUAGGGUUUCUUGAUCAAGAUGAGAAGAGGAAGUUCUUGAGAGAUAUAGUGAUCAGCUUCAUACUUGCAG